UCCAAUAGAUGACUAAAAUUAAACUCCCAAAAAUCCUGUAUUGGGGACAGCCAAAAACAUAUUUAGCCUAAAAUACACCCUCUUCUCCAAUAGAUGACUAAAAUUUGGUUCCCAAAAAUUUAAAAUUUUUCCACAUCAUCAUUAGUGGGCCCUUCCCAACUAAUUUUCUACCUGCUCGUUAAAAUCACAGGCGAGAGCGGAGGGGGAGAUCGCGUCGCGCGUGAGAGGCGAGGAGGAGAUCGCGGCGUGCGGAUGCGGAGGGGAAUGGGCAUGGUCGACGCGACGCACGCGGACGGAAGGAGAUGGCUGCUCAUCCUAGUCGCGCGCGAGAUCGCAACUGAUACCGUUGGCGAGGUUAUAUAUCAGACGCAGCGAUAUACGAAAUUGAUCGAAGGACACAGUGCUAUAGACGCACAUAGAGCUCUUCCUCUGUCAGCGCCGGCGGCGUUAGCACUUCACUCAAUCAGAGCUCUUCCUCUGUCAGGGCCGGCGACGUUAGCACCUCACUUAAUCAGGCAACUGCAGCAAGCAGCAACGAUUGGUGACAGGCACAAGCUCUUGUGCAGUGCUUGAUUUGAUCCAAGAUGAGUCGACCUCGCUCCUCGUUUCAACAGCUCGUGGAUGAAUCAUCGUCUGACGAUGACGAUGAUUUUUUUUUUGCCACGGCACAAAUCGUCCAUAGCUAUUGGCACUCUGUCAAUGCACCAAGACAUGGUGGGUCAGUCAUGGGACAUGAAGUGAUUGAUCGCAACAGAGAAGCACGGCACUUGAGAUUAUACCAAGACUACUUUUCCAAUAAUCCUACCUAUGGCCCAGUUUUAUUCAGGCGCAGGAAUAGAAUGAGCAGGCCUCUGUUUCUCCGCAUAAUGAAUGCAAUAGAGGAUCACGAUGACUAUUUUGUGCAGAAGAGAAAUGCAGCUGGUUUAAUUGGGUUCAGUUGUCACCAAAAGGUCACUGCAGCAAUGCGUCAGUUGGCUUAUGGUAUAGCAGCAGAUGCUUUGGAUGAAUAUCUCGGUAUUGCAGAAAGUACCGCUAUAGAGAGCCUGAGAAGGUUUGUGAAAGCAGUUGUACAAGUUUUUGAACAUGAAUACUUAAGAUCACCCAAUGAGAACGAUACAACUCGAUUACUUGAACUUGGGGAGGACAGAGGUUUCCCCGGUAUGUUAGGCUCCAUAGAUUGCAUGCAUUGGAAGUGGAAGAACUGCCCUACAGAAUUGCACGGUAUGUACCAAGGGCACGUGCACGAGCCUACAAUAAUUUUAGAAGCCGUUGCUUCAAAGGAUCUCUGGAUUUGGCACGCUUUUUUUGGUAUGCCUGGGUCUCAUAACGAUAUCAAUGUACUUCAUCGAUCCCCGCUAUUUGCAAAGCUAGCUGAAGGCAAGGCUCCUGAAGUGAACUAUAGUAUAAAUGGACACGAUUAUAUGAUGGGAUAUUAUCUUGCUGAUGGCAUAUAUCCUUCUUGGGCCACAUUUGUGAAGACCAUACCAGAACCACAUGGCAACAAGAGGAAAUAUUUUGCCAAAGCACAGGAAGCAGUAAGGAAGGAUGUCGAACGAGCUUUUGGGGUUCUGCAAGCUCGAUUUGCCAUUGUUCGAGGGCCAGCUCGACAUUGGGAUGAAAAGACUCUGGGAUACAUCAUGAAAGCUUGUGUUAUCAUGCAUAACAUGAUUAUUGAAGAUGAGGGAGAAGUUGAUUGGGAAGAACGGUUCCCAGAGGGAGGAGAAAAUGUCAGAGUGUCCCACGAUGAAAUACCUGAUCUUGAUGAUUUUAUCCAGAUGCACAAAAAAAUAAGGGACGACGAAACUCACUAUCAGCUACGUGAAGACCUAGUGGAGCACUUGUGGCAACAUUAUCCUGAUAAAUAUUGAGGUUUUAUUUAUAUGUUUGAAUUCCAUGUAAUAAAUAGUAUACAUAUGUGAGGAUUUGCAAAAUCAUUUUAAUUUGUUCUUCAUGUAUUGAAUAAAUGGUGUACUGUUCGGUUUAAGAAUAGUACAGGAGAAUUAAUAAAAGUGCACUUCCUUU